AUGAGACCCCUAUCAAGAAGCGUCCAACUAUUGUGUAACAAACCCAACACCGUAAUUCACACAACAACGGGCAAUUUGUACGCGAUGGACAUCAAACCCGAACCGAAUACCGGCAGUGGUUCGGUGGCUAUCAAGACCGAAACCAACAGCGACGGUACGUUGUCAGAUGAGAAAAAGUCCCCUAAGAAGCGGAGCGAUUUGCUGACCAGGCAACCAUCCCACAUCAUGGGCGGCAAGGAUCAUGAUCAGUUGCGCAAUCGUGAAAUGCGGUUGGCGAAGAAUCGGGAAGUAGCCCGCCAGUGCCGACACAAAAAAAAGGAAUACAUCAAGCAUAUUGAAAAUCGAGUGGCGCUGCUGGAGAACCAGAACAAGGCCCUCGUCGAAGAACUGAAAGAGCUAUACCGCCAGCAGAACAGUGACAGAGUCGUCCAGAACACCGCUAGCGGCCGCCUAACAGACCGGCUGGAAUAG